AAAGGAAGACGGGUUGUCUGGGCCCUUCCCCUUCCCUUUAGCCGCCGGGCCGCCGUAGCGUGUGCACGUCCCUAGGCCCAGCUCCCGUCCUACCGCCACUCGGUGAAGUAAGUGCGCGGACCCCCCCCCCCCCUCUAAUGGGCGCGCCCGGAGCUCCUGCCCUUGCCAAUGCGUUACGUUGCAGCUUAUCUUCUGGCUGUCCUAGGGGGCAACGAGUCCCCUGCUUCAAAGGACUUGAAGAAGAUUCUCGACAGUGUAGGCAUUGAGACGGAUGAUGAACGCCUGAACAAGGUUAUUGGUGAACUGAACGGAAAAAAUAUAGAGGAUGUCAUUGCUCAGGGUAACGGCAAACUUGCCAGCAUGCCAGUUGGUGGAGCUGUAGCAGUCUCAGCUGGACCAGGUUCUGCUGCUCCUGCUGCUGCACCUGCUGCUGCUGAGGAGAAGAAAGAAGAGAAGAAGGAGGAGUCUGAGGAAUCUGACGAUGACAUGGGAUUUGGCCUAUUUGACUAAACUUUUGCUACAGAAGCUAAUAAAACACUUUGUUUAAAAUG